CCACGUGGUGAGGGGGGCGGGAUUUGGGGGCAUUUCGUUUGGUGGUGGGGGGAGGCAAGGAAGCGACCUGACGGACGCCUGGGACCCAGCGCGCGCAGGCUGUGCCUCCCGGGCGGGUCCCGCCUCUACCGAGCCUUUCGGACCGCCGCCUUCCGACUUCGGGGUUUGGCUUCUUGCGGAGACGAGGCUUCGCUGCGGCCCCUUCGGGAGCUAUGUCGGCCUCCUUGGACCUGAAAUCGAAGGAGGAAAAGGAUGCCGAGCUGGACAAGCGGAUCGAGGCCCUGCGGCGCAAGAAUCAGGCCCUCAUCAAGCGCUAUCAGGAGAUCGAGGAGGACCGCAAGAAGGCCGAGCAGGAGGGCAUUGCGGUGACCGGUGGGCGGAGGUCCCGGCCAGCAGACGGGGAUGUGCCCGAGAAAAGGCGGGGGGAGCUGGACCCCCCCACCCUCACCGUGCAGGUCUUGCUCUCUCCCAAGGAAAUGCGCGUGGUCAGCAGUGAGCGGAAGGCCCCUGCUGCCGCCUCCGCCACCCCCAAGGCCUCCCGCAGCAGCCCCAGUGCUCGUGGCCCCGCUCCAGGCGGCCGCCCCCCCGCUGCAGGGAACCCCCCUGAGCAGCCGAGCUGGGAGGGGGCUGGAGCAGACGGGCUGGGGGCCAGCAAGCGAGGCCGAGGGGGGCGAGGCUGGAGGUCCCGGGGCCGAGGGGGCCCCAUGGGAGACGCAGGGCCCGACCGGAGGUCUCAGGAGUGGGAGGAGCGCCGUAGGCAGAAUAUCGAGAAGAUGAACGAGGAGAUGGAGAAGAUCGCGGAGUACGAGCGCAGCCAGCGGGAUGGGCUGCAGGAAAAGAACCCCGUGCGCAACUUCUUGGAUGACCCUCGGCGGAGCGGCUCCUUCGCGGAGGUGGACCGGCGCGAGGGCAGCCGGCGGCACAUCCGCAACUGGGGAGGCGCGGACUUCGAGAAAGUCAAGACGGACGUGGAGCAGGGCAAGGAGAGGUCUCCUCCGGGUCACGGCGGUGCCCGGCGCAGAGGGGCCGCCCUGGACAUGACGCUCUCCAUGACCGGCCGGGAACGGGCCGAGUACCUUCGCUGGAAGCAAGAGCGGGAGCGCAUCGACCAGGAGCGGCUGGCCCGGCACCGGCAGCCGACGGGGGAGUGGCGCCGGGAGUGGGACGCGGAGAAGAUGGACACCAGGUUUAAGGAGGGAGCCCAGCCUGGACACUCGGCAGGCAGCAAGCCAGAGGAGGGCAAGCGCCCCCCUAAGCUGCCCACCUUUGGGGAAUUCCUGCCUGAGCAGCAGCCAGAUCGGCGCCGGAAGGGCAGAGGCCGUGGGCGUGUGCGAGGGGCUUUCUCCAAGCCUUAUAGCAUGCACGACAAUCGCUGGGAGAAAGAAGAGCCGGAUCCAGAGCCAGCCGUGGUGCCUGUGGAGGAAAAGGCGGAGGAUGCCAAAGUACAGCAGGGGACUCCUCCAGCUUCUCCCCAAGCAGUGCCCGAGGAGGAUGAGGAUCAGUGGGAAGAUGUCAGUGAGGGGGAGGAGGAGGCGGCUGCAGGCAGCGGCAGCCAGGGCUGCUCCCAGGAGGAGGAGGAGGAGGAGGCUAUGCCCCCGCCCCGGAAGAGCAGCCCCCCCUCCCCGCCGAAGGAAGCCUCCCAGCCACCACCGGGGCGAGAUGGGCUGCCUCCGCGGGCCCUGCCCCCCCCACCGGCCGAGAGCCCCGUCACGGAGGGGAAGCCCCUGACCCCCUUCUCGCCAGUGGAGGGAUACCGUCCGGUUUCUGACUGGGGGGAGGAGAUGGAGUUGAGCUCCCCCCGGGCCGACACCACCAGCAGCCCCUUGGGCCCGCGUGGAGAGGAGUUGCCUGCAAGUGCUGGUCCCGCCACGGAUCCAGCCCUGAGCUCUGCCCCCAGCGCAGUGCAGGUCGCGGAGGACUCCCAGCAGGACCUCCCUGGUCAGGCCUGAAGUCCGGUGCUGUGGCCACCCUCCGAGGGCAUUUCUGAGCAGCCGAGGGGAAGAGCCAGGCUGAGUGGCCUGCCAGGGAAGCAGCCGGCCGGCCUUGGGCCCUUUCAGCGUCGUCUUCUCCGCUGCUGCUGCUGCUGCUGCUGCAUCUCCUCCAGCUCUGCUCAGCAAAGUGGGGGGCGUGGCCUGCUGCUGCUGCUGCUGCAUGCUGAGGCUUGGGUAGGGGCUGUGCUGGCUUGCUCCCCCCCAGGGCUGUAAGCAGAGAGGUGCUUCUCCCUUCCUCGCCCCUGCUGUGAGCUUCCUUUAAUUCCUCUGGUCCUGCAGUGACAGGUCCUGUGCUAGGUCUCCCAACUGUGCUGCGUUCUCCCUUGGCCUCGGGAAUGGGGGGGGGUUGCCCCUGUCCCUGUCCCUGUCCCUUAGCUUGCAGUCUUCGCUGCCUCCCGUGGACAUCAUUUUGGGGUUGAUCGUGCUCAGUCAAUGAGCAAGGAGGGAGCUGGCCUCUGCCGGUGAGGCGGCUUCCUCUGUCUUGGAUGCUGGACUGUGUGUUUGGAAGGGCACCCCACCCCCCGCUUGGCCCAGGGUUCCCCUGCCUCUGUUUCCCCAAAUCUGUCUUUCCUUCCUCUGCAUCCUCUGAGGGAAGAGCAGAGCUGAACCUCAGUCUAGGGUCAGGUGUGCUGGGUGGGGGCCACCCAGAGAUGAAAGGGGUCAAACCCUCUCUUUGUGCUGGGCCUGCUGCUGCUGCUGCUGCUGUUCUUAGGGGUGGGGGGCGGUGGUGGUUUCUGCAGCUGCUUCAUCUCCUGUACAAAUAAAAAGGUUUCUUACAAUUUUGAA